GGGCAUGGUGUUCAGUAGACCAUGACGGAAAAGAAUAUGAAAAAGAAUGAUAAUUUUUAAAAGAUUAAAUGAGGUCCGAAGGGUGGUGGGCUAAUCCUAUGGGACUGGUGACCUUAGAAGAAGAGGAAGAGACUCCAGGGGUCUCUCUCUGCGUAAGCACAGAGGAAAGGCCACAUGAGCACGCAGCAAGAAGGCAGCCGUCUACAAGCCAGGAAGAGAGGCCUCAGCAGGAACCCCCCCUCCUGGCGCCCGGCCUCCGGAACUGUGAGAAGAUAAAUGCCUGUGGGUUAGGCCCCUGCCUAGUCAGUGGUGUUCUGAGACACAGCCCGCUCCAUCUCUUUUCCUUCGUGCUGGGAUCCUCUCUGCCCUGCACCCAACUUGACCUGACAUUGCUUGAGUGCUUUAGGGCUCUGUCCUGGGCCCCUCUUUUUUUCUAUCCAUAAUCUUACCUGGUCCCAGGACCUUAAAUGCCACCUGUACACUGAGGACUCUCUGUCCUUUAAUUUCAUACCCUCCCUGAGCACCAGUCUCCCGCCUGCUUUCUCCAUUGGGAUGUCGGAUCCCAGUACCCUUCAACUUUGUUUGAGCACCGUAGCACACCUGGUAAAUGAUAAUAGUCCUACAGCACCUUCCGUAGAUAGAAGAGGAUUUACAGUCUACAGCUAAAGGGAGUUGGCCCUGGUGGGUGGGCGUGGAGGGGAUGGGAGCGUGGUUCUGGCUGCCCUGGGCCCUACCCAGGUGUCCCCAGGGAUGAGAGGCUCAAGACCCCAGGCACACCUGUGAACCCACUGCCGGUGCUCCCAGGGGCUGGGGCGCACUGGGGAGGAAGAGGUGUGCUCAGGUGGCAUCUGUCCCAAAUGGACCUCGUCCUACCCUCAUUCUCCACGUGCUGACAUAGUGCUCCCGUCCUUCCAGUUGGGGUCCUCAUGAUGCCUUUUUUAUCUCUACCCUGCGUCCGGUCCAAGUGGAUGCUGUGGGCCACACCUCCGUAAUACAUCGCGUGGCACUCACUCCCCACAUCAACGACCCUCACCCAGACUGCUCAUCGCCUCCCCACUUCCUUCUACCUUCAGUCUUUUCCCCGCACACCUGCAAGUGGUCUUGUUAGACUAACAUGUCAGACCUGUGCUCAGAACCCUCUCGUGUAUCGUGUCUCCCCAGGUAAUCGGCAGUCCUUUCCACGGCCUGCAUGGCCCCGCCUGCUCCCCCUUGGCGCUCCCUGCACCCUGGCCCCACUGGCCAACUGCCAUACUCUUUCUCAGACCUGCCAAACACUUGGUGCGUGCCCCCCACAUUUCUCAGACCGGAAUGAGUCUCCUCAUUUCAAGUCCUGCAUUUUUUCCAUUGUGUCAAGCUGUAUAAGGCAUCUGUGAGCAUCCGUAGCCAUUAUAAAGGAAUGACCCCAUGAUUCACUGCCCCAAAUGGGAGACUUUGGAGAGUACAUCUGGGCGCUGUCAACAGUUAGAGCAGAGCGACCGCUGUCCGUUGGGACAGCCUCAGACUGAGCUAUGUGGUCACCUGUAUGAUCAGGCCACCAAGAUGGCCGUGCUCUUGCUCUCUGCACAUCCCUGCUCGGCCAGACCCUGCCUCCCCCCGACCCUACUCACCUGAGCAAGCUCCCUCCUAAUCGCAGAGCCGAAUCAGUAAAUGCCUAUGUACUGGCCCCUGGCGCCAGCUAGUGAUCUCUCUAAUCUGUAGAUCAGAACUACCUCUGCUAUGCUAGUUUAUCAAAGGGGCCGAGGAGGGCGGCCCCUCUGCUGGUUUCCCUAGCAACCCAUGGGCCAACCUGCAAAGAGAGCACUUUGCACUUUCUUUCUGCCUCUCUGUCUUCCCAAACACUCCGUGUGCAAAGCGCAGGAGAGGCUGAAGCCUGAGGGGUAAGAGGACAGCAACUGAUAGCUGUCGCUUCUCCCCAUAACUGGUCACUUCCUUCUUCCCCUGGGAGCGAGGACUGCUGCCGUGUCCUGCCCGCAAUCUGCUGCACGUGCUGGGGUGUCGCUUCAGGACCUUGCUUCAGACACUGCCCUGUAAGGACUGCCCAGCAACAAUGAAGGUCCUUUUACUGAAAGACCCUAAGGAGGACGAUGACCACGGCCAGGACCCCUACAUCAGGGAAUUAGGACUGUAUGGGCUUGAAGCCACUUUGAUCCCUGUUCUGUCCUUUGAGUUUCUGUCUCUUCCCAGUUUCUCGGAGAAGGGCUUCGCGUGGAUAGCGCUCCUUGAAUAUUCCAGUUUUAUUACGGAUGCAGGUCAGGUCUACUGUCCUGCCUGCACCCCAGCGAAGCCCAGGCUGUCUCAUCCUGAAGGUUACGGGGGCCUCAUUUUUACCAGCCCCAGAGCAGUGGAAGCGGUGAAGCUAUGUUUGGAGAAAGCCAAUAAAACUGAAGCCUGGAAAACGUCUCUGAAAGAAAAAUGGAAUUUGAAGUCAGUGUAUGUGGUGGGAAAUGCUACUGCUUCUCUAGUGAGUAAAAUUGGCCUGGACCCUGAAGGAGAAAACUGUGGAAACGCAGAAAAGCUUGCAGAAUACAUUUGUUCCCGGGAGUCGUCAGCUCUGCCUCUUCUCUUUCCCUGCGGACACCUCAAACGAGAAACCCUGCCACGUAUGCUCAAGGACAAAGGUCUGUUCCCCUCCACCCACCCCGCUCUGAUGGGAGCACAUAGAGAGGGUUGCCACGGAGCCUUCGCCAGGAAGAGGGGGCCAUGGUGUGGCUGUGACCCCCCCCUCCAGGCGGGCACACGCAGAAGCCGACCUGAGGAGGGAGCUGGCCGGGUCCCCAUGGAGAGCAUAACUGUCUACCAGACGAUUCCGCACCCCGGGAUCCAGGGGAACCUCAACAGCUACUAUUCCCAGCAGGGCAUUCCAGCCAGCAUCACGUUUUUCAGCCCCUCUGGCCUGUCGUACAGUCUCAAGCAUAUUCAGGAAUUAUCUGGUGACAACAUUGACCAGAUUAAGUUUGUUGCCAUCGGCCCCACCACGGCCCACGCCCUGGCCGCGCAGGGUCUGCCCGUGAGCUGCACCGCGGAGAGCCCCACGCCGCGAGCCCUGGCCGCCGGCAUCAGGACGGCACUCCAGCCCCACGGAUGCUGAGCCAGCUGCCCUGGGUCUCGCUGCUCCCCCGGAGCCCAGGCAACGUGUGGUGCCUCCGGGUGGGGCCAGGCCUCCGGCGGGGGAUCCGGGAAGCUGCCACCUCCUCACCCCUGCCUCGUGCCCUAAGGGAGCCACCCGGACACCGGGGAUCUGCAGGGGGGACCCGAGGCCAGCAUCAGACCCACGUGCACCUGCCCUGCUUCCGCAGAGGCAACUCGGACCCUCGGCCGGCACUGAGGGCUCCUCUGGCAGCAGGAAGGAGAUCAAAUAAAGUGCGCUGGACACUCGGGCUCAUGGAUAUUGUCACCACAGUCUCCGCUGUGGUCAGUGCAAAGCUGCGUCUGGGGAGAAGCACGUGUACCCCGUUGUGAAAACGGAUAACCUGGAAUCGAUAAUAAAGUUUGCUGUGUGUGAA